GAGUGACCUUGUAAACAAGCUUAAGGUAACGAAUCCCUGAUGCAACCAAUUGAGGGGAUCACAGUCCAUGAUAGUGAAGUACUCGAGCCAGACCCUGUCAGGCGUGGAGGACUGAUGCAAAAAGAUAUAAAACAUACUUUUCGACAACCUGCAAAACCUAUAGAACCACCAACGCCUAGAGGAUCGCUUUUGGGCUUGGAUCGUCUUGCCAAAGAGAAAAGAGAAGCAGCAGCUCUUGACUCCAACGGAAGUAGGAAGAGACCUCGCAUAGACGGCCAAGGGGACCCAGUGUUCAAAGUUCCAAACCUUCCCAUUUCUCGCAAUAAUAAUAUUCGUCAAAGAGGGGAAGAGACACCAUCUCAUCCAGGAGGUCUGUCCGACGCUGCACGUAAAAAACUCGAAGAUUACAGGAAGAACCGCGAGAAGCAGCGAGAAGGAAUUGCUGCCCCGAGUCAAAAUAGGGCUGACGCAACACGAGGACUUGGUGAUUUCCAACGUCGCUUGAACCGUGAUCGUGACCGAGGAUGGAGCGGUAAGCGUGACUUUGAUGGGGAGCGGGAUAAGCAAUAUGGUCGAAAUUGGGACCUGACACCACGCUCGGAGGCGCCCAGUGUUCGUGUUCCUAAUGUUGGAUGGGACUCGACCCCUCGGCAUGGUCGCUCAGAAGACGGUGUAGGGUGGGGUGGAGCCAGAAACCGGGCA